GUCCGGGUUUUGGGGCAGGGGACCAGGGGGCUGCCUGCAAGGAGAGGCGAGUAAAGCAGGAACGCACCGCUGCCGGCAGCUGGGGCAGAGCGCGGUGGGGAAGCCGCGGGACUGGGGAGUCAGUGCCCCUCCGGAGCCGAUUGCACCCGCCUGCCCCAUGGCUGCAGCGCGCCCAUUGCGCCGCCCCGCUGCCCCCUCCGGCCGCUGGGUCCCGCUGUGAGCGCCGCCUCCCGAGCUCCGGGUGUCUAUGAGCGGCCGGCGCGGGGCCGCCGCCCUGAGCUGAGGCGCGCCCCGGGCUCCGCACCAUGCAGGCGCGGCGCUUGGCCAAGCGAUCCAGCCUGGGCAGCCGGCGGCGGAGCGUGCCGCUGGCGGCGCCCGCCCCGGACGGGGGCCGGGCCCCCAAGCCCGAGAGCGGCUGCUGGAGGCCGCCCCGCCGAGAGGGCUCUGCCGCGGCGCUGGAGGAGGAGGAGGAGGAGGAGGACGAGGACGUGGUGGUGGAGGAGGAGGAGGAGGACGAAGGCGGCUUGGGGAGCCCGCCCGCGCCGCUGCCCAUCCCCGCCAAGGGAAGCCUGAAGGCAGGCAGCAUUAAGCGUGAAACGACCUUUACUACAUUUCAACACGAUGACCUAAAAAGUGACAUCAGUCAAAAAUUACCAGACCAACAAUUUCUCCUGUUGGCCAUGAGGGAGGAAGAUUUAAAAACUGCAGACACCAAAAAAACAAACAGAAUUCAUGAGCAUGAAAAAGAAAACACUCGUUCUGUCUGUCUUCUUGAACAGAAACGUAAGGUUGUUUCUUCAAAUAUUGAUGUGCCUCCAACAAGAAAAUCUUCAGAAGAACUGGACAUGGAUAAAGUGACAGCAGCUAUGGUACUAACCAGUUUAUCCACCAGCCCUUUGGUUCACAGCCCUCCUGUACGGCCCAAUGAAUCCUUGAAUGGAUCUUGGAAAGAAGGAGGAUUUGUGCCUUCUAGUACCAGCAGUAGUGGAUACUGGAGCUGGAGUGCACCCAGUGAUCAGUCCAAUCCAUCCACCCCAUCUCCACCUCUGUCUGCUGAUAGCUUCAAACCCUUUCGAAUGCCCUCUCAGCCUGAUGAUAGUAUUGAUGAAGCUGAAACCAGCAAUCUCCUUUUUGAUGAGCCCAUCCCUAGGAAGAGAAAGAACUCUAUGAAGGUAAUGUUCAAAUGCCUAUGGAAAAACUGUGGAAAGGUACUGAGCUCAGCUGCAGGGAUUCAGAAACACAUCCGGACCAUUCAUCUUGGACGUGUAGGAGAGUCUGACUACAGUGACGGAGAGGAAGAUUUUUACUACACAGAGAUCAGGCUCAACACAGACUCAGUGGCGGAUGGCUUAAGCAGCCUUUCUCCAGUCUCUCCGUCUCUAGGAUCUCCUCCUGCUCCUUUUCCCACCCAAGAUGCAAACCGUCCUGAAACUUCAUGUGCCAAAACUGAGACUAAAUUGAUGACACCUUUGAGCCGCUCAGCUCCUACCAAUCUCUACCUCGUACACACAGAUCAUGCUUACCAGGCUACUCCUCCAGUGAACAUUCCAGGGUCAACAAAAUUCACUCCAAAUGGCCGUAGCUUUAGCAUCUCUUGGCAGUCCCCUCCAGUUACCUUCACGGGCAUUCCGGUCUCACCAACUCAUAAUCGUCCUGCAGGGACUGGAGAGUCGAAACAACAGACCCACACAGUUCUCUCAUCACCUCCCAGAGUAUCAUUUGGCUUAAGGAAACCUAGAGGGGAGGGGAAAAAAUGCCGAAAAGUGUAUGGGAUGGAGAACCGAGAUAUGUGGUGCACUGCCUGCCGUUGGAAGAAAGCCUGCCAAAGGUUCAUCGACUAAAGACUGGAAGCGUGGAGGACCUGGGGGAUGGGGAGUACAAUAGCAGGACCCUGUUCCUGGAGCUGCUCCUGCCUAUCCUCCAGUGCUGCCUUUUAAACAGACUUGUAUUUCAAAACAAAGCACUUGUAGCCAAGGAGAAUCACUUAGCAAAACCUGUGUGGAGCAAUAGAGCAAAAAAAAAAAUGUCUUAUCAAGUAUUGAACCCAGAGCAGCUAUUAAUGUUUUUCUUAAAUAACUUGUUGCUAACUCUGUGAACUACUUGCUCCCCAUGACUGUUCUUUAACCGUGUCAAUGUCUAUGCUGUGAAAGUCUGUAUCAGUUGAAUCAAGCACCACGUCUUGCCCUGAAAUGAAGAUUUCUUUUUAAAGCUUAAAUUAACACUUUAACACAUAAGCUACAGUUCACUAAACAGCAGCUGUACCAAGAGUGGAGUCUGUUAAAUAAUUCUGCUGAUGUGAAUGAUCUUGGUUGGAUUCCUCAUUUUCGGGUUUUUUUUGAGGAAUUCAAAUCUUGAUAUGUCAGAAGGACAAGCAACAGCACUCCUGGAUGAUUUUUUAAAAGCAGUCACAAACCAGAACAAGAGUGGUGAUAAAUUUUAAAUUAGAUUGUAAUACUCCAGAGAAGGAAAAAAUGAAAAGAGGAAAUACCAGCAAAUCUCAGCCACAAAGGUAGCACGGCUGGAACUGAAAUCUGAAGAAACUAAUGGAGUUAAUCCUAGACUGCCAGGACUUAUCUUGUACAUAGUUACUGUCUAUUCUAAAAGCAGUUAUAAAACCCUUCUGGAAUCCCACAACAACAAAAUCUCCACUACAAUAAUGUUUUAUACCACCUUCAAGCAACUAGUCAAGUUGACAGUUUAGAUGCGGAAGGUAGAUGCUAAAUUAAGCCACUUGUGGUGUCAAGAUCCUUGUGCUUCAAAAACCUUUUUCAAGGUUGCAAAAAGUGGUGUCUUGAAUUGUGGUUGAUGGCAUCUGCUUCCAGUAUUCCCCAUCUGAUACUACAGUACUGUUUACAUAGACGUCUUUAUCAAAUUUCCAUCAUAUACAAGAUACAAGGAUUUUUCUGUGACAUUCAACAGGACAAUUUCUUUCACUAUCUGAAAAUCAAUCUUUGUUCUUUCUGCUUCAUACAGUAUAUCAUCUCUAACCAAUCCAGAAAGAUUCUACAGUCAGAAGGUAGCUGGCACUAUUUUUGAUGAUGCACAGGCUAAAGAAGAAUACAGCUCACUCAUCCAUACCCUUGUUUACUCCACAUUGCUGACAGUAGUAAGAACUUGUUUUUGUCAAUAAACUUGUCAGAUAACACAUAAGGGAAUAGACAAAUGCAGUAACAAGCCACAGUUAAAUAGAACUGCUUUUCUAACCUUAACCAAUUUUAAGAAAAAAAAUUCUGAUAAAACUUUGCAUCCAAGUUUGAGAUGACUAUUGUAUGUUUCCCUGAGAGAAAUAAGGAAAUAAUUAUAAUAUGAAAAACAAAUUAGCAGAAGAAAUAAAUUUAGCUUUUCUAUUAUAUGGGACUACUCAUAUAAAUCAGGAUUGCAAGAUUUUGUCUGAAUUCUUAAAAUCUAACCCAGUGCUGCAAAGGAGCUCCUAAAUUACAUUACAUGUAAAUUCUCAAUGUUCAUCAUCUUUCCCCUCUAGGAAAUGUCAGAAUUUUAUCUUUCAUUUUACACUACUCUACUGUAGAAGAUAGAGAUAUCCCUGAUUCUGAAUCUGUAUCCAGUCAAGUUAAGGAAGAGUUCUCCUUGCCAAUUAGUUAUUUCAAUAGCAAAUAGUAGUGCAGCAUUUGGUAUGUAAUAUUCAGAUAAACAGAAGUUACUAAAAGCGUACAUAGAGAAAUAAUGUGAGAAAAAUAACGAAAUGAUGGAAAUAAUGUGGAUUUCAUCAGGGAAAAUAAAAGGGCAGUAGAUGCAAAAAAAAUAGGUCUGUUUGAACCUACAAUUACUAAGAAUUUUAAUAUGUAUUUUAUUUUAUUUUUCUGGACAGAAUUAUUUAAUGAAAUAAGGACUAUAUUACCAUUUGAAUUAUUAAAAUCAGAAAUGAGUGUUUUUGUGAACAUGACCUUUUCUUGCUAACACAGAGUAUUUAAGCCUGUGUAUGCUUCAAAUAGUAAAAGGAAAGGGGUUUUAGCGGAUGUAAAGUUAUGGAAAUGGAGUUUGAAGCAUGACCUGAUACAAUAGGUGGUCUACAUAUUUGUAUAAAGCUUUCUAGAAUGUAAUGUAAACAUGAAGUCUUGUCGCUGUACAAUCACCCAGUUAAACAUGCAUUAUCUAUAACUGGGUUACUGUUUCUUUAAGUGGCUCACAACAAAAAUGUAUACUUUGUAGCAUGCUAUCCUGCAACUACUAAGUACUCUGGUUUGUAAGGUGCUAAUUUCCUUAUGGUGCACAAGAUGUUUUUAACUAGAUACUUUUCAUAUCUACUAGAGUACAAACUUAAAUGAAACUCAAGAUCAUGCAUGCAAAUAAGAAAAUGCAUUGUAUUGAAAUGCACACAGUUCUCAAACUUCUCAAUUUCUACAUGAAGAAAUGACCCUUUUUUUUAGUUCUGUUGUAAUAUUUCCUUAUCAGAAUCUCUUUACAGAAUUAACAUCAUGACCAGGGAUCCAACUGGGCAGACAUAUACUCAAGUGAGUAAGAUCAUGCAUGUGCAUAAAUAUCGGAACAUUUUAAUAAAGUUUUUAGUUUUAAGUAAUUGUCAUGCUGACACACUGUUAAUGAUAGUGACUGAUCUUUCUCUCUGAGUGUAGAUACGGUAAAUCUGCAAAGCCGGGCACAGUCAAAGUUUACUAGAGAUUGAAGAGAUGUAUUUCAGUAGCAGAAAAGCACUUAUGCAAAGCACAUGAGAGUCUCACCAACGGGAUUACUCAUAUGCUUAAAGUUUAAAUUUGUUUGCAUGCUUUGCUGACUCAGGACCAUAGAGACAGUAUGACAGUAUAUAGUCUUCUUUUGAAAUAUAUUGCAAGACAACCUGGCCAUUUGUAAUUUUGUGCUGUUUGUUAUAGAUUCAGAAUACUUUUACACUAAGAAAAGUCUCAUGCAGAGAACUGGCACUUUUUUUUUAAGACAUUGUUUAGAAUUCCAAAGUUGCCCUGUCACUAUCAAACUCAAAGAAAGCCUGUCAGAACAAACACAUGACACAUACAGGUCACUUACAUUAUGACAUACAUUUUGAUCUCCGCAUUGCCUAUGCGCUCAACACACCCAUUGACUUCAAUAGGAAUUCUGGGUGCACAGGAAACAAAGGAUUGGGCCCAUAGUUCUUAAUUUGUCAGUUAACCUAAAAACUUUCAAAAUGCAAAUAUUUUGUAUCAUCAUGAUUGAUGUUGUUCUGUGUAAGUUUUAGUGUUUCUAAAAAGAUACUGGAAAGGAAACAGACAGCAGCCUUCUCUAUACGAUGCAAUACUUCCUUACUAAACAAAGGGCUAAACUACAGAAACAAGUGCUCCAAAGCAUGCUCUUGAAAACUAACUUACCAUCAAUAACAAUAAGUUAGUACAGGCAAAACUUCAGAGCUGUAACAAUGCUGGCAUCAAUUUACUAAAAACUGUGAAACAAAACUCAGAUUCCAUGAAUGAACCUAAAGGGUUGCUGCUUUAUACACCAACAGUGCACACACUGUAACAAAGAAGAAAUAAUGCAGAACACCUGGGAGGAAAUUAGAAAUAGCGACUAUCAAGUCUUUCUGAAAGGAAGAAUGUUGCCUUUGGUAGCAUAGAGAUAAUUUAAUCUGAAAUUAACAUUACAUUAACAUAACAGACUAGCAACUCAUACAUUGCAGCACUGAGUGCUGGAAAGUCAAACUGAUUCUGUAUUUCACUGUUUAAAUAAUGAAAUAUAUGAAAGUAAAAAAUUGAACUUUUAAAAUCUAAUUUUACUGAUUUAAUAAUUGGAGGUAGCAGUUACGGAGGGAAUGUUAAUUGUUUAAAAAAAGAACAGCUCUGGAGCCAGAUGCUGCGGGCUGCUCUUGCAGUAUAGAGCAACCAUAAAGCCAGUGGAUCUGGAUCCUGUGAAUUCUCUCUGGCCAGGGAAUCUUUGAGGGCCAUAGAGCCACCACAGCAGUUCCUGUGCCAACCCUCCUCCCCCGCCCUCCAUCUGCUUCCUGGUAUAGAAGGGAUUCAGCCAAGGGAGGGAUGUCAUGGCCAGGUUUUCCUACAUCCCCAUCAAACCCUGGCUGACUGAAUCCCUCACAUACAUAGUGCCACUGGCAUCAGAGACUAUCCGCAUGAGUUCAAUGAGCAGGAGUUACAACAAGAUUUUGUGCUUUUUGUUGAGGACCAAAAACAAAUGCACCUGAAAAUGUUUGGCCUGAAAACUAAUGAAAUUCAACCAUACUGGAGAAGUGUUCUCCCUGCCUAAGGACUGCCACUUUACCAAAAACUGUGCAGCCUUUAUCUUGGAUGGUGUUUAUAGCCUUCACAAGCUCCUGCCAGACAAAAAACCCUAUGAUGGCCUCAAGCAUCCGAUAUUGCCUAGUGGGUCCAAAUGAUAUUAGCGGUGCUGCUAACACCACACAAUCAUCUAUCCACUUACCAAAUAGUAUUCUUCCAGCUUUUCCCAGUUAUGCCAAAAACCAUUCAAGUACUGAAGUAAUUCAUGGGAAAUUCCUGUCUUCCCACACUGAAAGUAUUCCUUAAGUGUGGUACCACCAUCGGCAUGUGAGCAUAUUUUAUUAUAAAGCCACAUCUAACCCCCACUUAAAAGUGCUGGGGAAUUGUCAUUUUGUCUGCUUCAAAGUCUCUCUGCUCCCUCAACAAAGUUCUGGGCCUGGCACUAUUAAUUGAUCUAGGAGUCCUAGUGAGCAGCUUCAUCCAAAGUCAGUGGCAGCAUCACUCCAAGAGAAAGUAGAAUUCAGGGUGGACAAAGUAAUAGCCUCAAAUCAUCACGUACAGACUCCUCAUAUGGAUGUGCAGGAGAAUAGCCCUUGUCUUACUGAGUGCCAUCAUCUAUCACAUUUUCUUAACAGCAAAAAAGACAAAUUCUCCCAUCCUCCAAUUAAUAUAUUUGCCUCACUCUGAGAAUCCCAGAGUUAACUGAAUAUUAAGACAAGCAGCAAUCUCUUAAACAGGAUGUUUCCUUACUUCACAUUUGAAGAAACAUGAUUAACUUUCCCCUAGAAGAAAACCAAGAUAAUGGGCAGACUCAGUUACGUAGGUACUACUUGAGGGAGGCUUGAGCCAAGAAGUUAAGAUCUUAAUCCAAAUAUCCUCAGAACUGGAGCAUAGUAGGAUUUAAGUGUUAUGUUUGGGCCCAUCUCUACUUGUUACUGAACAAAAGCUGUGACCAACGCCUUGGAGAGGAUAUAGUACAGGGGUUCUCAACCUUUUUCUUUCUGAGCUCCCCCACCCCCAUAUGCUAUAAAAACUCCACACCCCAUCUGUGCCACAACAACUGUUUUUCAGCACAUAAAAGCCAGGGCCAGUGUGAGGGUUGGCAAGUGGGGCCUCACGAAGAUAAGUUGCUCAGGCAUCAGGUGGCAAGGUUCAGGACCCCGGGCUUCAGUCCUGCACGACAUGGCUUUGGCUUUCUGCCCUGGGACCCAGUGAGUCUAAGGCCAGCACAGCUUGGUGAACCUCCUGAAACCUGCUCAUGGCCUCCCAGGAGGCACCAGACCCCUGGUUGAGAACUGCUGGUAUAGUAGAUCUUAUGCACUUUGUACCUUACAGUAUGCAGCAUGACAAUCUAGUUUGGAUACAUCUGGAUAACACUUCUCUAUCCAGAUACUUGUGGCCUCCUCACUGUAAACUGAGUACAGGUUCUUUUCUGCUGCCAAAAUAUUGUGCUAUUCUCAAAUCGCUUUUAAGUAAAAGAUUGUGUCAGUGAUCAACACCACUUGUAUUUACUGUUUUUAUCACAUAAUAGUCAAGAAACUUGCCAGAAGAGAUUAUUCAUUAGCUUAGGUCAUUUUUCCCCCUCUAAAGUACCUUAAAGCAAAUGUGAUUUGCAUAUUUAUUAAACUGCAUUACUUAUUUGUAUACAUGUACAUUUUUAAGUAACUGUUGUAAAUUAAUUCAUGAAAAUGAGCCUUUCCUGGACACCUUUAAGUUGAUUCUUUCUAUAGAAUAGGUCAGUCAAAACACCUACUGCUGGUUAUUAUUUUAAAAUAAGAUUAAUAUAGCAAUAAUUAGUGCUAGCAUUUCUUGGGGAUGUAGGGAGAGCAGCACAUAUUGCACAUUCUCAAGUCCAUAUUAAACAGGGAAUUUUCUCUAGAGCCAAGAGAUUCGACACUAAUGUCUAUCUUCAGUACACAACUGUAGCAUAUUAUGGUUGUCAACUGUACAAUUCAUAUUUUUACAAAACACUAUUAUAUUACAUUACAGGGCUUUACAUCAGUAUCAUUAUGCGUUGUAGCUAGCUGAGGUCCAAUCACGCAGUCUCUUCUCAAGAGAAUAGUUCCUACUUGUAUGAACAGCCUCAUUGAAGACAAUAGAACUACUCAUGCAAGUAAGGACUAUUAGAGUAAGGGUUGCAAGAUGAGGGCCCUUAGUUUUCACUUGACAUCAAUGGCUAUUAGCCAGGAUGGGCAGAGAUGGUGUUUGCCAUCUGUUUGCCAGAAGCUGGGAAUGGGCGACAGGGGAUGGAUCACUUGAUGAUUACCUGUUCUGUUAAUUCCCUCUGGGGCACCUGGCAUCAGAAAAAAGGAUACUGGGCUAAAUGUGAUCUGACCCAGUAUGGCUGUUCUUAUGUUCACACAUUCCUCCAGAAGUUUAAAAAAAAAGGAUUGCAACAAAAAACAAGCUUAUGCCAAAAAGCUGGCUAGGUAGAACUGUGGAGUCUCUUCCCCAUUACUCUAGAAAACAGGAUUUUGCUAUCAGUAUUUAUGAGAGGAAGGAUGGUCUUGAGAACAGGUGCUGGACUGGGGAUUUAAGAUAUCUUGGCUCAAUUUUGAUAUCUUUUGUGACUUUGGGCAAGUCACUUAAUCGCUUUUUGCCGCCGGGUGGGGAUGACAAUACGUCGUCUCUUACCAUUUGUCUGUCCUGGCUAUUUAGACUGUAACCACUUUAGGACAGGGCCUGACUCUUAUCUGUGUUUGUACAACAUUUAGCACAAUGGGGCCUAAUCUUUAAUCCUUCUACUAGUAGUAGUUAAUUUGAUUUGGGGGCAUGUGUGGGGGGAGAGAAGUGGGGACAGGUCAGUGGUUAGCCAAAUAAUCUUACGUAAAAUGAGACAUAGGACCACAGCCUCAGCUGUGCCAGGGUUCUAUUUGUCAUGGCUUUGAUGAGCUUCAAGGGUAGCUUUGAACUACCUUUGUACUCCCCUGACUGCAGGGGCUGCCAGGAGUCAGUUUUUGGCACAUGGUAUAAUGCAGGGAAGUCUGAGGUUCCUCUAAAUUUUGCCAGUUUGUAACAGCCCCUGAGUCCAUUUAUGUUGGUGGGGGAUUACGGGAAUGGAGCAAGCUAUGGCCACUGGGGCUGGUGGAGGUGGCACAGAGCUAGCUACACUGACUGUGCCCAUCUGGGAUUUCCUAUGCUGAGGGGAAUCCUCAGCUGGUUUGUUAGUGCAGCAUUCUAGCCCCUUUGCACCAUUAGAACGGCAUGAAAAGGGGCAAAAGGGUAUCUUGGAUCUAGUCCAUAAUGUCAUUAAGAAACAAAUCUGUCCUAACCAAUGUCAAAUUGCACUAAAUUUCAUAACAUCCCACAAAUAUGAAGAAGCACUUAAACAAUUUUGACCUUUUCCUGUAAUAAAGAAGUCAUUUUAAUGCACAGAAAGAGAAUAUCAAUAUUAUAGACUGUGUAUGGCUUUAGUGUAACACAAAAGGCCAAAUAUUAGUCAGAAUUGGCCCAAUCUUGCCACCAUAUGUAGGCAAAGUGCCUAAUAAAAUCGGUCAGUAUUUUGCUUGCAUUGGGACUGCAGGAUUCAGGUCCUGUGUCCUUAUGAUUGUUUUCCUACAAUAGGGAAAUUCAAUCUCUGUUCAGUGUUUCUCAUCUAUUUCCUGCCAAAUGCUGCUUUGGAGACAAUAAAGUAAUUUUGAAAUUUAAAAACAUUUCAAGAAGCAAUUCAGUCUUUUUUUUUAACUAUAUUUUUAAAAAUUAUUUUCUCUUCCACUCUGUGCAAAAGAAGUGAUCUUUAAUUAGAGUUACUCAGCAUUGCACUUUUGUAUAUAUUUUUCCUACUUGUUACACCAUGUAUUUUUUUAUAUUAAAUAAUUAAGAGCAAUGGUUUUUUAAAAAAUCUUUAUUAUUACUACCAGCAUCUUGCAGAGCUUUGACCUAUAAUUUUUAGAAAUUGAUCCUGAAAUAUGGAGAAAUCUGAUACUAAGAAAUUUUUAUUAAAUUAGUAAAAAUGUAUACUCUCUGGAUCAGAAGAGUUGCUUUUUAAUGGUAUAUACACAUAAAUACUGUAGCUUCUGAAAUUAAUUGUCACUUGGUAGAUUCAGUACACAAAUGGGAUAUUACAGCUUUAAAAAAGCAAAUCUCCUAGCAGGUGGAAAAGGUGUAGCCCUGGAAGUUGUACAUAUACAGAACUUACACUGGUUAAGUAAACUGUAUUUUUAAUUGGUUUGGUUGAACUCCUUUGUGAUCAGUCUUUAAAUCCAUUUAAACCUGGUUUUAUAAAACUGUCCACUCUGGAGUUGACACCAGUUUAGCUGAAUUGAUUUAAAAACACAUCCUUAGGUAAACUGGUGCAAGUCUCUGCAUAGACUCGGCCCUGAAUAUUAAAGGGAAACUGCAAAUCUUUACUCAUGCGAGUAUGAGUAAGAUCACAGAAGCCACUGACUACUCAUGUGAGUAAAUGUUUGCAGGAUCAGCCUCUAAAGGCUAUAUCCUCCAUCACUUCCCACAUGGAAUGCUCUUUGCAUUAAAAAAAAAAUCUGUCCCUAAAACUACAUCCAGAUGGAUUUAAGGUCCCCCCCUUUUUUUGUCUUUCAAGAUGAGCAUCUGUUGCUUUAAAAAGCAAGCAAAGACCAUCAGAGCCUUCUGUAGGUGUUGUAGAACACACUGAAAAUAAACACUAUGUCUAAUUGUUUACCUCACCCAAAUUGUUUAUUUCAAAUUUCCAAAUCAUCCCUUGUACUUCAGAGCACUAGAAUCUACAGUGACUGGAAGCCAGAGCAAACUGGCUGGCUAAAAAGAAAAAAAACUCUUUAUUUUGCCUCCUCCCUUUCCUGCCAAGGGCAGAUCUUUUCUAGGUUACCCUCCCAUAACAUAAAUACAACUGGCUGAGGUACUGUGGGAUCACCCUAUGAUAUGAAGGUUUUGAGAUUACAGCAUGGAAGCAGAAGGAAUCUGAACCCCUAAUUCUAUCCAAAAGACACACACACACGUGUGCCUUCCUCACCAGUACCAUAUGAAUAGGUAGAUGAUGGUACAACACCUAGCUUCCUCUGAAGAUGAUGCUCUGUUAACUCGCCAGUGUCAGUUGAUCUGUAACGGCACAAUUCUUCAGCUGUUACUGACAAACUCUGAAACUGUUUUGAUAAUUUUGCCUGAGUAGUAAAAGCAGGAUCGGUCCCUACCCAGUAUGAGAUUGCUGUCUUCUCUCCCUGCAAAGGCUAAAGAUGUAUCUGUGAAACCCAACUUCCACUUGCCCAAGGGUGGUGAAACUUACUCUGAACUGGAGUCCCUUCAUGGCAGCACACAGAACAGCUUUGCCACUGAGCUAGUUUAUGCAUUUUCAUUUGUUUACACAAAAACUGAGGGAAGAAAAAAAGACUCCUUUAUGUAUCUGAUCAGUGCAGAUGAAUAACUCCCAUGCUAAGGGGAAAGUCUUCAAUGCCAUGUACCAAGGAUUUAGAUGUGCAACUCCUGUUGGCAGCAAGGGGUAAUUUUGUGACUAAUACACCAUACACACUGGUAACAAAUUUCCCUAAGGUGCUACUGAAAUUUGGAAGGGUGGGGGGAGAGCAUCUUUUUAAAAAAAAAAAAAAUCACAAUCCUCACCCUCCUUGCGAUUCCAGUCACCAACCUUGUUCAGACAGCAUGCGCUAAGCAGAAAAUAAUAUUUAUGAGGCACACAAGGUAGGUGAGGUACUAGUGUUUAUUGGAUCAACUUCUGUUGGUGAAAGAGAGAAGCUUUUGAGUGUCGGAGAACUCGAACGCUUGUCAAUUUCACCAAUAGAAGUUGGUCCAGUAAAAGAUAUUACUUCACCCACCUUGUCUGUCUCAUAUGCUGAGACUAAUAUGGUUACAACACUGCAAACAAUUGUAUUUAUUGUCAAUCUACUUGCUUAGAAGGCCUUAAACUAUUGGAAUGCUGGGUGCACCUCCAAGAUGUCUUUAUUCAAGCAAAACUCCUUUUGACUUAGGAGAGACUCUUUGGGCCUAUAUACAGUGCAGCUAAGUUUGAGGACCCAGUUACAAUUGAAUUUAAUUUAGACUUAACCCUGAAAUGCAUCUGCGAACCCACUUCUGUAUCCAUGCAACCUACAUAGCUCCGUACACUUCAGGACACACUGCAGUUCACAGGAUCAGGCCUGUAAUUAUUAGACAUGCUUCUGUGCAUUUUGCUGCCAGAAUGGAAAGGUUUUAGGGCUAGGCCAAGAAUGUAGAGAUUGAGGCUACCCGAAAUUCCUUUGUGAAGUCUGCCAUUGCUUUGUAUAAAAUUUUCUAAUGCACUUAUGAUUCUUUGUGCCCACAUAUGCAUAUUUUUGCAUGCUGAAUUCAAAUCUUUCAAUACACUUUCACGGAGUCUUAUUAUGUGUAAGGUAACAACUCUAAGCACAAAUGAUGGUGCAGAUGUUGGAAAGCUAGCUCUGCAGACAGUGCUAGUGAAGGCUCUGAGUUGCUCAGAAUGCUAGAAAAGGCUAGAUUCCAAAGGGUUAAUGAAAUGUAAGUAGUAAGCACACUGGUAGCAUUUUCAAAUACUCAGCCAUUGCCAAAAACAAAUAAAAAAUAAGAAGCACUAGUCUGUGCUGAGGACUAAAAUUUCCGUGUUUGAAAUGAAGCCAAUUUUUAGCUAGGUCAUAACACCAUAUUUAAGACCAAGUUUUCCUAAGACUUAUGUCUCCAUUGUAUUAAUAAGGGCAGCAUUGGUCUAAACCCCAGACAAACCAGGCUAAACGCGUACAUGUUGGCAUACCUGAAGUUCAGCAAGAAUCCGCUAUAAUGGGUUUGGAGAUUGUAUGUUCUAGUUCAGCAUCUCACAAACUGGAGUCCACUCCAGGGGGUCCGCAGCCCCCACUGAUCAACUCCUCCCCUCCCUCCCAGUGCCUCCAGUAUGCUGGGAAACAGCUAUUCAGCAUGCAGGAGGUGCUGGAGGGAGGGGGAGGAGCAGGAACAUGGUGUGCUCAGGGGAGGGGGGAAUUGGAGGGCAGGGAUGGAGCAGGGGCGGCAGAAAUGGAAUCGAGGCAGGACCUGGGGCUGAGCAAGAGGUUUGUGGGUCCCCGAAAAAUUUUAAAAUCAAAAUGGGGGUCCUCAGGUUACUAAAAAGUUUAAGAACUGCUGUUCUAGUUUAUCUAGUAGCCUACAAGGUGAUAAAAUGCUUAAAGUAUCUCACAGAGACAGUUAGGAGAAAAAAGUAGCCAACUCUUAAAUAACACUGUUCAGUGACCAUUAAUUUGCAAGAUAUAUGUUGGUCACUGAUCUCAUGUAAGUUUGUCAAAAUGCAGUUCUGUUGCAAAUAGAUGGUGAUGAACUUGCCUAGCAGAAGAAGCUUCCUUUGAUCUUAGUGAAUGAAUGUAUGCAACUACAAACUAUGCAUUUUCAUACAGUCAUUUAUUGUAUUUUGUAUUGAUUCAAAGCCAAAAAAAAUUUCUAGAUAUCAUAUUCCUCAUGAGGGCCCCAGCCUGCAUUCUUAACACACCCUGCAUUCCUCUUGACUUCAAAGGGAGUUUUGAGAGUCCAAGAAAUGAAGGAUCAGGCCCUAUUGUUUUCAAUGCAUGCUUCACUGGAGAAAUGAUUAGAAGAUGGCAGGAAGACAUGGGAAAAUAAAAAAAGAUAUUACAUAGAACGUUAUACUACAGGCAGUUGCUUCUUCUGUAAUACAUGUCAAACCAUUCUGGUGAAUGGGUAACAUAUGUUUCUUAUAUUUUACCUUGUAAGAAUCAGAUGUGCUAAGAACAUUGUAGUUUUAAAGGUACAGUACAGUAACCCUGGACUACAAGUCUAAGAUGAUUUUUGCUUACACACAAUCUACUCAAACACAGGAUACCAAUAUAAAGACAGCAGUGGCGAUAUUUUUUUUAUUUAUCCAGAAAAGUAUAUGCUUCUGGGGGAUAUUCAGUUACAAUUUCAAAAACAUACAGAAAUGUUUUUAUUUUAUGGAUCAGCUCACUUACUAAUUUUGUAGUUUUUAUAAAGGUAGCAUGAAAACAUAUUUUUCAAGUUACAUACAUAUUUCCUGAAAUUUACUGUGUUGUAUGUGUAAUAUUCCCAUCCCUUCUAAAGCUUUUUUGUAAUGUUAGCCACUAUAGUUUUGUUUUUUAGCAAAGCUUAUGUCUGUUCUCUGAUAUGAAAAUCAUUUUUCCUAGCACUACUGUGGCCCUGACCCUGCAGCGUGAUGCAUGCUGGCUCUGCGCCAACACUGAGUCCAUUGAUUUCAGUAAGGAUGUGGGCCAACAUCUUCAGAUGGUGUAAACUGUCAUAGCUAUUGGAAGUAUGACCAUUUGUACCAGCUGACAGUCUAUCCCCAGCAAGGGCACAUAAGUCCAUCUGCAUAGACCCUCGAUGCAGUCAAAGGGGAUCUGUGGAGACCCAAGGUCUAACUAAACAUAUCACUGCCAGAGCAGGGCCUAUGGCAAAAAUAAAAAGGCUAUUACAUUUCUCUGCAAUCUUUGAUUGCCCUUUGGGUCUGACCCAGAGCCCACUGCAGUCAACGUGAGCCCUUCCAAUGAUUGCAGUGGGAGCAGGUCAGGCCCUCUGUCAUCAGUUAAUAUCACAAAAUACACUUUUUAAAUAUGAGAAAAAGAGCUUCCAACUCUGGCGCUAAUUGAAAUAUUGGAAACUUUUAAUAUAUAUUUGGAAAGUAUUUGAAAAAUAAAUUGUCUGUCUUUUUUAUAUUUCAACUUUUAGCCAAAUACAAGUAUUCUGAUUACUACUUAUGUGGAUAUCUAUCCGACUGUAAAUAAUCUUUAUAAUGUUCAGGUACAUAAACCUGGAGGGAAAAAAUGACCGUGCAUCAGCUAUGCGUUUUGCUAGCUGUUGGUAUAUUGUGUAUAUAUCUAUAUGUAGAAAAGGUAGCGUGUUUAAAUGUUGGGUGUUUUUUAUUGCUGUUCCUCUAAGGAAAGAAACUUUUCUUUUAUUCUACUUGUUUUAUCUUUUAGGAGUUGGAUGAAAAAAGUUUUCUAAUUUUUUGCACCAGAAAUGGGUGAAUAACUGUUGCUAUGUGUAUCAGGACAUUAAUUUCUGAUUGAAAAUGUAAAAUUAAAACUGGCCGUAAUGGGCACACCAGUUAAAACGCACUUUUCCCGUGGCACAGUGUACUCGCUCUCUCAUUGGGUUUUCACAGGACCAUUAAAUGUUUACAUUUUUUUUGUUGCCUAUUAUAGUUUCAAACAUUGAAAUGGCUUCCCUGAAACUAGAGAAAGAUCUCAUGCAUGACCGAUAUACCAGGAUCCAAGAAAGGAUCAUUACAGUUAGAUAAAAUAAAGAAUUUGUACAAAUACCAUUUUAGUGAUCGUUUUCUAACAUUUGGGCUCUCAUACUUUGUGAUGCUUCAAUGUGUCAAAUAAAUAUGCUCUUGCUUAGCUAGUCUAACAUCAUUGUAGACCUGUAAUUUACUGUUUAUGGUUAUGCCAUGAUUUGCACUGGCUUGAAUUCAGUCAGAAUGCUGGCCAUCCAGCCAAAAUAUUCAGACUGUUACGAUGUCCACAAAAUAUUAAAUAAAUGCACUUGUAAUUGAUUAACUACUAUGGAGUAUGUUCAACUAUUUCAUGUAAUAAAAAGGCUUUGUGUAUAA